ACCAGGUCUCGAAGAGCACGCACAAGGUUUCAGAACAGGCACGUCAUGGUACAAUACAAAAUACAUUUGACAAUCUUUAAUUGAACUUGUUUAUAGACGAUGUUUUGCACGUGGUUUGCUAAAUAUUCGACUUAACUAUAAAUUAGUGUUACCUUUAGUACGCUCUUGUGUGCGUUCUCCAAACAACUAUACUGUACGUCAAGGGAAAACGUUAAAUCAACAAAAACGUACCCGAUACAACUAAGGAUGAUACAAAAAUUCGAACAAAACGACAAAUGGCUAUAACAAAAAUAUUAUACCAAGUACCGACCAGAGGCAAGCCUUAACCGUCAUUGUGGAUUUCGUACUGAAUUCCAUAUCCGAGUUCGACGCACAAAAUGAGAUGCUAUCUACGUCUGGGUAUUUUGUUGUGAGAUGGACUGACGAGUAUCUAGUGUGGGAUGUCGAUCAGUUCAACGGAACACAAGAGAUAUUACUGCCGCAAGACGAAAUAUGGAAGCCAGAUCUCUUACUGGCCAACUCGUAUAAAUCGUUCACCGGAAUGGGCUAUCCAAACCUCAAAGUAAAGGUGAACAGUACCGGAUAUGUGCAGUGGUUUCCGAGUCAAGUGUUGGAAUCCACGUGCUCCGUCAACAUUCGGUACUUUCCGUUCGACAAGCAGACGUGUGUCAUCAAAAUAAACGCCUGGAGCUAUUCGGAGGACGACAUUGAGUUCUCAAUCGCAAACGAUAACAUCGACUUGGAUGACUUCACGACGAACAGUCAAUGGGACGUCCUAUCGACAAACGCAAGAGUUUUGAACACAAAUGACGAGCCGGCAGUCGAGUUCGAGCUUCAUCUCAAACGUCGUGCGAGUUUCUAUGUCCUGAAUAUCAUCAUUCCCGUCCUGCUUCUUUCACUUCUGAGCGCCUUUUCGUUCGUGCUUCCGGCCGACUCAGGAGAGCGAGCGGGUUACGCCGUCACCAUCUUCCUGUCGUUAGCCGUCUUCCUCACGAUCAUUUCAUCGGAACUUCCGAAGAAUUCCAAAGAGGUUUCGUACCUUUCCGUCUACCUGCUCAUCAUGAUCGUGUGCAACACCGUCAUGCUUGCCAUCGGCCUCGCCCAGGUGAGAUUGGUAAGCCGUGACGAAGCGAUGGAACCAGUGGGCCAUAACCUGCGCUGCCUCUACCGACUGUACAGAAAACUGAAAUGUUCGUCUGCUGUCGCACCGAAGGAAAGUCUCAACGUUGUCGACGUUAUUGACAAGGAAACAGAAAAGAGGGCGCAACAAGAAUGUCCGUCUUGGCCGGAAGUUGUGAGCGCUUUGGAUUUCCUGAUGUUUUGGUUGUUCAUUAUAAUUACGGUUCUAUGCACCGUUGUCUUGUACCUCAUUUGCCUUCUUUGAGAUAAAAACUAUUUUGAGAUUCUUAUAUAAUUUGUGCUAGUUGCAAAAAUAGCUAACUGUCAACACGUGUUUAUCAAUAUCUUAUGUUAAUACCAAGUUUUAAGUUAAACACUCUUUAGUUGAACGGUGUUAUGUGUUAAGUUACCUAUGGCGAUUGGCAUAUCAGGCUCAAGUUCUUUUUGUAAAAUUGGACCAUUUAUGUUUGAAAAUUAUAUAUAUGUUCCUGCCCUUCCUCCAACACUUAUCAAUGUACAAAAAAUAACAUAAUUAUGUUGCAAGGUAUCGAAAAGGUUGCCUUUGUAAUCGGUUUUAAAAUGAUGUUAAUAAUACAACCAUUUACAUGUGAUACCUGUUAACGGGCUUUAGCGAUUUUAUAUUUGCUUAUUAAGACUCUAAGUAUUAACUUCCAUGAUCAGCUUUUAAUAUAGGAUGGGUUUUAUUUAUCACUCAGAGCUUUGUAUUCAUAUGAAAUGUGUAUAUACCUUUUAAUUGUAUGUGAUUGUUGAAAGCGGCGCAACAUACAAAUAAACAAGUACUUUAAAAUAAUGUUUUAUGGACACAUAAAAUGAGAUGACCGUUUACGGAACACACAAUGUAUAUAACCCCGUAAACUUUUGAAAAAACUACGAAUAACGCUAAAAUGCUAUAAAAAGACGCUAACGUGUGUUACGCUAUUGUACGCAAACAUCUGACGCGACGUCAUAUUUAUUCGUUAACAUUGUUUGAGAUUUAUACAUU